AAUGAUCCAAGACGGAUCGGGAUCCGCCGAGUAACUGAUCUUUCGCCGCUUCAACCGUCUUCCGCUAGGAAACCCUUCAACGGCUUCUCUAACAAGGGCUCCGAUUUCAAGAUGGAGACUUUGAAUCCCUCCUCUGCUAACAAGCGAGCCUUCUCCUCUCCCUCAUCUAAAAGGUCUGAUGGGUCUGAUCCGUUGGAACAUGGGUUGGAUCGGGAGCUUACUUUUAACAGAACCAUCCGCAAAAUCGGUGCGGGUCUGGAGAAUCUCGGGAAUACAUGUUUUCUCAAUUCGGUAGUGCAGUGUUUGACUUACACCGAGCCUUUAGCUGCUUACCUGCAAGAUGUUGGCCAUGGGAGACGAUGUCAUAUGGCUGGGUUCUGUGCUUUAUGUGCAAUGCAGAAGCAUGUCAGGCUUGCUCUUCAAGCUAGUGGCAAAAUAGUAGCACCUAAAUAUUUGGUCUCGAACUUGCGAUGCGUAUCACGAAACUUCAGAAACUGUCGGCAGGAAGAUGCACAUGAAUACAUGAUCAACUUGCUGGAGUGCAUGCACAGGUGUUGUCUGCCUUCUGGUGUACCAAGUGAAUCCUCUGAUGCUUACAGGAGCAGCUUGGUUCACAAAAUAUUCGGUGGUAGCCUCCGUAGUCGGGUGAAAUGCGCUCAAUGUUCACAUUGCUCGGACAAGUUUGAUCCGUUUCUUGACCUUAGUCUAGACAUUUCGAAGGCAGAUUCACUGCAGAGAGCGCUUUCACGCUUCACCGCUGUUGAGCUCUUAGAUGAUGGUGCGAAGAUUUACCAGUGUGAAAGAUGCAAGCAGAAGGUUAGGGCUGAGAAACAGAUGACUGUUUCUAAAGCACCUUAUGUCCUAACUGUACAUCUCAAACGGUUCGAAGCGCAUAGAUCCGAAAAAAUCGACAAGAAAGUCCAGUUUGCCUCUGCAGUUGACAUGAAACCUUUUGUCAGUGGUCCCUAUGCAGGCAAUUUGAAGUACACUCUAUAUGGUGUUUUGGUUCAUUAUGGUCGAAGUAGCCAUUCUGGUCACUACGCCUGCUUUGUUCGCACUUCAAGUGGCAUGUGGUAUUCCCUUGAUGACAACAGGGUUUCCAAAGUUAGUGAGAAGACUGUGUUCAAUCAGAAGGCGUAUAUGCUAUUCUAUGUCCGUGAUAGACAAAACCCAGCCCCAAAGAACACGGUUGCCGUGGUUAAUAAAGAGACUCCCAGAGAGAGCCUUGCCACAAACAGAGCUUCUUUGAAUAUAUUUUCUAGCAGAAAUGAUCAAGUGAAUAGCUCAGCAGCCAUGAAACCAUGUAGUUUAAAGGCUCCUGUUGCCAAUGGUAUAUCACCCUUGAGAUCAUGUGAGAAAGGUGCUCCUACUGUCUUGACCCAGAAAGAUUUGAAUGCUAAAGAGACUCAGAACGAUGCCCCAAGCAUUGUAGAGGCGAAAGAGAUACUAAAGAGGGAAAAUGGUACAGAACCAUUAGAACCAUGUGCUAAAGGUGCUCCUGCUGUCUUGGCCCAAAAAGAUUUAAAUAAAGAACUUCCGAGCAGUGCGGAGGUGAAAGAGAUCCCUAAGAGGGAAAAUGGUUCAGCACCCUUGAAACCAUGUGAUCUACUUGCUCCUUCUCUCUUAACUCAGAAAGAUUUAAAUACCAAAGAGACCCUUCAGAAGGAAGCGCCACUUCCACAGGCUAAUGGAGAUGUAUCUUUGGUAAAGGAGAGUUCCAGGGCUGCAUGUGCAAUAUUACUAGGGAAGGAUUCACCUAUUAAAGAAGCUGUUGAUGUUAAUCAGACCUUGGGACAUCAGUUGGAGGAGUCUGCCACUUCCAUUAAGUCAGUGAAAGCAAGUUCUGAUGAGGGGACUCUCACCACACCAAGAAAAACUCGCAAGGGUAGCAUGAAAACCCUGAAGGUGGGAUUCAAAUCUUUUAAGCUGACCUUGGGCGUACGCAAAAAGAAGAAACAGAAAAAGAGAAGACCAAGUGCUGUUAAGGUUGAUUCGGAGGUCUUAUCCAGUAAAAGAGCUACAGAUCAAGAGCGUUCCACUCCACAGAUAACUAGCGAUGUUGCUUCUUCUGGCUCGGGUUGCUUGCAUGGGAAGGAUAACAGUGUCAAUCUCCAUGAUGAAAAGAUAAGGAGUCGUAAUGGGAAUAUGUUGCUUGGAUCUCCAGCCGUAGAGCUCAAGGAGAGAAGUAAUCAAAAUGGUGCCGUUCUUGCGUCAGACCAAGAGCAAACGUGGAAGAGCUCUGACAUGUCUGAAGCAAGCCAAAACGCCAAAAGAAAGAGAGAGAGCGCAAAAGAAGAACAAAACUCUUCACAGAAAGAACAGGUGACCAUUCUCACACGUGGUUUGCCAGAGACAGUGGUUGCCAAACGGGAUGAGGAAGUUUCAGCUUCUAGGAAGAUGGGAAAGAGUGAAAGCACUAGAAUUGGAUAUGUAGCAGAUGAAUGGGAUGAAGAAUAUGAUAAAGGGAAGAAAAAGAAGAUAAGGACGAAAGAGGAGGAGAUGUAUGCAGUGCCGAACCCGUUCCAGUUGUUUGCACCGAAGAAACAACAAACAGAUACAAAGAAGAAAUGGACAAAACGCAUGAACACUGCAAAGACAGGCUUCCGGAUAUGAUGAAUAAGUGAGACCAUCCAUAAUCUAUUUAAAAAAAAAUUGUAAUCCACAUGUUGCUGCUGUAUUUGCCUUGAGAGUAGUAGUAAUGUUAACAAGAGAGGUAAAGAGAGACCACUAGACGUUGUUUUCAUCUCUUCUCCUCUCAGUUUUGUUCUCUGUGAUAAACAAAGAAUCACACAUCCUCCUCCUCAUUAAUCUCUUGCCUUGUAUUCUCUCUUUUUGCUCCACCAAUAAUAAUACGCUUGUUCA